UUGAGCUUGUUCACAGUGUAGGAAUUAGAUAUUUAGUAAAAGGAAGAUUUGUCAAGAAAGACUGAAUAUUGACUUUAUAUGGCUUAAAGAUGGACAUUUUAAAUUAUAUCAUAUUUAAUAAAGUAGCUUUUGUGGACCAAAGUGUGAAAAAAUUGUUCCAUUUCUCUGAAUUGCAGUUCAGUACAUUCCUCUUCCUCUCAUUUGAAAUUUCAAGUCAACUUCCUGUUUGUUGUGGCCAAUUCACAUCAAUUGUAUUUCAAAUUGCAACUUGCAAGGAACCAAUGAAGUAUAUAUUAAAAACAAAUACAUUUUAUUGAAAUGCUUUAUAAAAUCAAGUUAGUUUUAUAGUUGUAUUAUUCAUCACUCUUUUAAACAUUGCUUUCCUUUUUGUCUUCUUAUUCUUACGUUCACAGUCCCGUUUUUCCUUUUGGAGUGGAUGUGAAGUGUCAGCGUCCACCGAGACUUCCCUUUGCCUCUGGGAGAUUUUGUUUUUCUCCUGUUGUGCGUAAUACCCUCCAUGGUGUAGCCCCAUCCACCAACAAUGGGGGGGCUGAACCAGUGGAAGGGGUGGGUCGUUAUAAGAGGGGAGAGAAAGGGAGCCGGCAAGCAGUUGAACAAACCAAGAAGCUGAAGAUUGGACAUAACCACUUCACCUCAAGACUGAAAGUGAGAGAGAGACUGACAACAGCCCCUUAUCACAGACGGCAGAGCUCCCAGUGGCUAUUACUUUUGUUUAAUCCGGUGUGUGUUCCGUGAAGAAGUCAUGAAGUCCCCUUUAUGGACCCUGCUGCUCUUAUGCUUGUGCUCCAUGGGUCACAGCGACUGCCAAGGGGACUGUUUAACCUGUGGACUCAUCCUACCUGAACAUCAAGCUUUUAAUACAUUGGUAUGUAUCCUGGAAUGUGAGGCACGGGCUUCUCCUGCAUUGACCUGGGAUUUGUGUUACCAAGCAGCGGGUCUGAAGCACCUUCCGCUACCGUUACAGCAGGAGGAGACAUCAAAGCGCUCUGAUGAUGAAGUGGAGCCUCUGGCCACAGUGAGCAUAGAGAAUGACAAUGGUGUCGAGUAUACUGAGGCUUUGGAGCGGUUUCGACACGCCGCGCAAGCACUCCGCAGCCAAAAGCCUUCAGAGGAGGAGAAACUCGGAAUUUCAUAUGACCCAGACCUCGACUCGGGGACAGAGGAGGACCAGGACGGUUUAGGAGAAGAGAAGAGUGGUGAGGCAGCCGUGAGCGUAUCCAAGCGUUUUGGAGGUUUUAUGAAAGGUCGUCACGGUUUCCGGAAAUUGGUGAGCUCCGGAAGGCCUUUGCAGAAACGCUACGGUGGCUUCAUAGGGAUAAGGAAAUCUGCCCGCAAGUGGAACAACCAGAAGCGCGUGAGUCAGCUACUGAGGCAGUACCUGAGCUUGACGGGCCGCUCGGGGCGUAACCUCUCCACCGCAAUCCGAAGACAGAACGAAGUUUAGAUGGCCUUAUAGUAGCCUAGCCUACAGGCCCUGGUCUUUUCACUUACCUCAACUCAACUGCUCAUCAGCCAUCAGUAACUGUGAACAUCUGUCACGCACCACAGCCAGGCCAGAGCUAGAUAAAUCUGUGUUUAAUCAAACAAGAGGAAUAUUUUGUUUAGUGUUGGUUUUUAUCAUUGACAUUUCCAUGGUGCCGUUCCAGACAUCAAAUACAUCUCAAUCAAGUCGUUAGGACAAAUGUUGCUGAUGAGAACUGAUUGUUUAUUUCAGAAUCAGAACUCCUAGAAUUAACCUUGAAGCAUUGUGAAAAAAUCAAAUAAAAGGCAAAGCAGUGAAACUUGAGCACGUGAAUCAGUUACAAAUAAGAGCUGUGGGUUGUAGUGGAGGUUCGGGUUUUCUUGUUCUGUUUUGAGGAUUACUGAGAGAAAAGCACUUUAUAUUUUUACCUUGCACACUGUAUUGUGCUAAGAUUGAUUGUUUGCACACAUCUGUGUUGUAUUGAACAAUCUCAGAAGCAAAUUUGAGGAAGCAAGAUCAGAAGUAAUCUGGGAUCAAUCAGACUGGUUUUCAAAAUCAAAAACAACAGGUGAUCAUUUUUAUCCCCAAUAUAUAUUCUUUAGGGUUUGAUGGUUUUGUGAGCCAAUGCUGCCCCCUAGAGGUUGCACUCGAAAUUGUUGUCCAUAUUUUGUGGAAUACCACACAUAAAAAAUCACCGAAAAUAGCUGCAUUCACGCCAUGUCAUAAUUAGCCUACCUUAAAUAAAGUUUUGAAUGCUUUCGAUUCGCUCUUGACAUACUUUAAUGUUACACCGAUCGGUAUGCGCAGCGCCGAUUCAAGUUGAACACUCACACUUUAAAGGGUUAGUUCACCCAAAAUUAAAAGGAUAAUUCUGUCAUUAAUUACUCACCCUCAUGUCGUUCCAAACCCGUAAGACAUUCAGUCAUCUUCGGAAAACAAAGUAUUUUAAUGAAAUCUGAGCGCUUUCUUUUCCUUGAUUGACAGAUUAGGCUACACUACAACUACUUUUUACAGUUCAGAAUCGUUACGGUAUUUACGACAUGGCAUGAACGCAUCUAAUAUGACAGAUAGGCUCAAAGCAGAAUCUGACCAUGGCCCAUACAUGUUAGCCAAUCAGAAAAUGUGGGGCAGCUCUCUGUCCUAACAAAAGCAGCUGGGGAGUGUUCAGAAAACUUGUUGGAGAACAAUUCAUAGUCAUUAUUUUUGCAAUUCGUAGAAAUAGCACAUUUAAUUGUUUGCUUCCAACUGAUGAGAAUUAAUGUAGCAUGUGUUCCAGCUUUCUGCAUUUAUUUGUGCAUGAACAUAUACAAAUGAGAUCAUCUUAGUACUUGACAGAUUCUCCCUCACAUUAAUACUUAUCGGAUGUCACGGAAUAGGUUUUGAAAACUGACACCCCGACAUGUAAAAAAAAUAACAGGUAGUCUUUCAGCAUACUUUACAGUAUUCUGCUAAUAAUUGUAUGGUUUUGUCUGUGUAGACAUUUUGGCUUUGUGAAUUUGAAUUUUCAUUUCAAACACAUUCUGCAAGCAUUUUUGGAAGUUUUUUCUUUUAAUCCUUUCCACUUGUACAUGAAAUGCACACAAAAGGCCAAUAAAAUAAUUUUACAAUUGUUCUUGAUGUUUGUCAUGCACUAAUGACAAGCUUAUGACAUUUGCAUAUUUUAUCUUGUGUCUAGUUAAUUAUACAUAAUAUCUUUUUUAAAUGUGAUGUUAUGCUUUCGAAUCUUUUUAAAUGUUUCCAAGGGGAUGAUCGGGCAUUGUACAAGACCUUAACACUUUUUGGAA